UGAUUUUUGAGGUGGUAGAUAAAGUGAAAACAUUUUAUAUUUUUAAUGAAUUCAGGUGAAAAUCGGUCAAAAUGGAGCGCAAGGAAGUGGACACCCAACAGUUCAUCGAUCAUACGCUGCUGGCCACGGAGCUGUAUAAUAACAAUAAUAAUCACUUUAUAAUGGAUCUGAUAGACCACACGAAUCGCACGAAUCCCAGUUCGGGAAAUUCGGAAAACGGCGUGGGUUACGUGGAAAAAGAAUCGCUGACGCCGGAACUGAAUUUCCACAAUACCAUCUUUCAAUUUGUGAACAAAUCGUCGCCGGAAAACGAUGUUGUUCCCCAUCAUCAGCCGGUGGCCCAGCCCACUUUUCCCGCUUUGGCCAUUGAACCCACCGUUCCCAUCGAUGUUUCCACGGGUCUCCAUGUCCACGAGGAUGAGGAUCUGCUGUAUGCCCACAACAAUGCCUCCUGCAAUGCGAAUGCCCGGAAGGUUUUGCCUCACAAGAAACGAAUCUCGCGGAAGCUCAAGGGCAACAUAGACGCGGAAUUGGACCAUGUCCACCAUCAUCAUGUGCACAAGCAUGUCCAGGAUGUGGCUCCCAGUCCAAAUCUCUACAGUUGCGAGAUCUGCGGCUAUGCUGUGCACACCCAACUGGAUUUCUUUGCCCACCUCAAGCAGCACUACGAACCCACCGUGCUGGAACAGCGACUGGUGGUUCAGGAUCCCCAGCAGCAGCAACAAAAGGAGCCACUGGACAUGUGCGGGAUGUCUGCCCAGGAUAAGCUGCAACAGGAGCAAGCCAAGCUGGACCAGGUUUUCCACGAUGUCCAGCUAAACUUUGAGAACUUCCACAACAUCAGUCACCAUGUCGACGACGAUGUGGUGGCCAAUGUGGGUGUGGAUAUGGACAAACUAAGUCCCGUGGUGGCCAACACCAACAGCACCCCGAAUUCAGUGCCCGUAGUCGACGAUGUGGAGUUCAGCGACACGGAGGACAUGCUCGAGGGCAUUCGCAAUGUGGUGGACAAGGUUUCGAUCGAGGACACCUGCGAUGAGCUGGUGGAUCUGGAACUAACCUCGAGUGGAAUGACGGCUCCUUGGUUUAAUAACAACUUUAGGGAUAUAACUUUCCCCGCUCUUUUGCUGCCCGGCGAACCGCCGCCAGCUUCUGCAGAACAGAAAGAUAAUCCCAUUGAAAGCGAGCACAUGGCUUUGGAUUUUCUGAGUCCCGAAAAGAGAGAACCUAAGAUGGAGAAAUCUCUGUCGAAAGUCAGCGAAUCGAAUGAGCAAACCCUGUUGGUUGCGCCACCAGUCUGCCAAACACCACCGCCUCCCAACUCCUCCAUCGAGCAGCUGCAAAGAUCUCCCCUGGUGAUCAACGACGGCUUUAAGCUGGAAGACGAUGACAUGACAGACAGCCGACCAGCUUCGCCCUUUGAGGAAGGAGAUGCAGAGGAUCCGGAAGCGGAAAAUGAAAGCUUUGCGAUGGAGGACUUGGACACGAGUUUAUCCGAGGAAACCACGCAGAGCAAGACGAGGAGGAAACACUUUUGCGACAAGUGCAACAGGGACUUCAACUCGUACAAUGCACUUAAGUACCAUCAGUACACGCACAACCAGCAGAGAUCCCACAAGUGCGAAAGCUGCGAGAGAUCCUUCUACACCCAAAGUGCCUUGAAAGCGCACGAAAGGACACAUUCCGGCGUUAAACCGUUUCAAUGCGACAAGUGCGACUUUAAAUUCCGCCAGUGGGGCGACCUAAAGUACCACGAGAUUUCCCGUCACAGCGACGUCAAAGCGCAUAUGUGCGAAUUUUGUGGAAAGAGCUUUUCCAGGCGAUACUCCCUGGUUUUACACCGCCGCAUUCACACGAGGGAACUGAACUACGCCUGCCAGCACUGCGACAAGACCUUUCGGGCCAGCUCAUACCUGCUGAGUCACAUUAAAGUGCACACUGGCGAGCGACCGUACGAGUGCUCCAUCUGCGAGAAGAAAUUCCGAGUCUCGGGGGAUCUCAAGCGGCAUGCAAGGAUCCACGAUCCCGGCAGAACGAGUCAACCGCCUGCGGAGAAGGUCAAAAAGAAGAAGGCAGUUGCUAAUGACACGGAUGACAAACAAAUCAAUAAGUCUGACGCCUUGCGCGACCAAACUGGGCAGAAAAUCCUGGGCUUAUAGCCAUGCUGUGCCAAGGUUUCUUCAAAGUAAGCUAAGUAAUUUAUCUGCUGUACGCAUUUUUGUACAAGCUAUGUGUGUAUAUAAAUAAGAACUUGAAAAUAGGAAACGAAGAGCUGCAUGCUUGUAUUUAUAAAAUAAAUUAAGAAAUCAUGUAAAUAUUUGCGCUGCUCUUUCGAAUUUGACUCUAAAAUAUAUCUGAAAAUGUAAAAAAUAUUUAAAAACUCCAAGUUUUCUAUUGCAGAGCAUUUCUUUAUUAUUUUUCAUGUUUUCUUCUUGUCAUCUUCAUUUCAUUCGCUUUUUUUCUCAAAUGUUUUUUGUUUUUCAUACUUCUUUCUCUCUUUUGCACUUGUACCGUUCGUCGACUUAAUUGUUAAUGAGUAAGUAUAUAUUAAAUAUAUAUUGUUAUUAUUAAUGUAACUAUGUACAACACAAGUGUUUUGGGCGCCUGUCUGUGGGCCCGAAACGCAAUGAAAUCUUUGUAUUCUUUGUUUACAACAUAAUUUGUUUUUCUCUUUUUUUUCUGUUUCUUUGUCGUUUUUUUGUUUUGUUUCUCAAAAAUAUUCAACAUAAACGCCCCGCAGCCAUACAUUCCAUAGAUUUGUGUGUGCUUUUCAGUAUUUGUUAGCCGUUUCUCUCACAGAAGUUCCAUCGCUUUAGAGCCUAUCAACUAAAAUCCUAGUAAUGGUUUCUUCACCUCAUCUCGUCUGCUUAUCUUUUCCACGCUUUAAUUUACGCUCAGUCCAUGAUAUCUUCCGAUUCUCCCGUUUGUUACACGUAUAUAUAAUAUAAUUCAUCUGUUUUCUGUUUAAUUAAUUAAAAAUUACGAAAACUGCAUUCCUAGUAUCAGUAUCUUAUCUGCACUUCGCAUCUCCCAGCCUGAUCCCACCGUUCGAUCCCUCGAUUCCCCGCUAUUAUCAUAUAUAUUCUUGGUGUCUUGGUGGUGUGGAUUAUGCUGUUUUGGUAGGUUGAAUGUGUUGUCGAGUGUUGUUUUGUUUUGUGUGUGAAACAUUUUUAGUGGGCAUGAGAUGGAUAUUGAAAAAAAUGCUGGCUACUUUUGGAGGAAACUGAAAUUUUGCCUGCCUUUUGCUAGUGUAAAUAUGAUUUAAAAUUAGCAUUACAUUGACUUUGCUUCAUUGUUUGGUUUUUACUUAAAAGUGUAAGUUUGGUUUACUUUUUCUUUGCUAUGGUUGCACACAUUUACUGAUUUUUCUUCUUUUUUUUUGUCUCGUAUCUUUUGUUUUUUUAUUGAAUUGAGUAUGGGUUUACUUGCUUGUUUCUUCAUUUGCUUGACAAAGAAAGGUAAUAAUUAUGCUGUACUAAUACACAUAUGAGCUGGCAAACAUUUUCCAAUUGCCUACUAGUCCUCAUCAAUCAAUCAAUCAUAUUGGUAGGGGGUCAGUACUCAAGCAAAUCGAAAUAUAUCCUUUUUUGCUUGAAUACUGAGCCUGAAAUCAAGGAGCUUUAAUCGUAUGCAUGAAUGUUGAUGGCAGCUUUAUGUUUUUGUUUGUUUUGUCGUUUCUCUUAAUUGUGGAUAAAUUGAAUAUUGUUUAUAAAAUAGCUUGCUAUUUUAUGUUGCACAUUAAACACAUAAUUUAACUGUUUUUU